CGCGCAGCUAGGCGAGGCUAUCAAGUAAACAACGACCGCCGCUUCCCGUCAUAUCUGCAACGAUGCUGACAUUUAACUUCACCCCAGUUAAAAGGAGCUGCAAAGACACUUUCUGUUGGACUAUCUAAGCUUUUCGGACCCGUCUUCGAGGAAAUAAACGACAGACUGCAAGCGGCAACCUUUUAAUGGUUAUGGAGAAUGAUGGACAACCCUGCAGCAAAUAAGAGCCACGCCCCCUGUCUGUCGUGGGAGGGCCAGAAUGGCUGGUGCACGACGGCAUCGCAGGGACCCAUCAACCUGCUUACCAGCUCUCAGCAUCACAGCAUGGGCUCGCCCGACCAGAGGCCCUCCUACGACCACAUGCAGGCGUCCGGUCAAAGCUGCAUGACCAACCUGAGCGUCCUACCUCCCAGACACGGCCUCCAUCACGCGGCCAUGCACAACAAAGCCCCUCACAUGUGCAGCGUUUCAUCCUCCAACGCAUUGUUCGCCAACGCCGCCGCUGCUGCUGCCCCGAGUGCCUCCCACAUCGCGUCCUAUGCACAGCAGCCGCUGCUGAUAACUGCGAACCACGGGAAAAACCUUCCCCCGCCGUCCCUUCCCCAGCCGAACCAGCAUCUCCCGGUCCUCUCGCCCCUUGACCAUUACAAAGCAAACUUUCAGACUCCGUUAACCAGUCAGGGUUUACCAAAUGGACUUCAGGAGCUGCCCGUUAGCCUGCCGUCAUGCGGACAACACGAGCAGCUUCAGUGGAUGCCUUCUUUGCAUUAUAGAGAUACUGUGAAUGAGUCUGUCCCAGAUGCAGCUGUUCACUCUAACAAAGAGCCGCUGCCAGAAGGGAACAUUACUCCAGGGGCCAACAAUGACAGACUACGUCGUUCACUACUUUUGCAUCAACGCGCACAACUACUUAAACAGCUGGAGGAAAUGGAUAAACUUCUGGAAUCCAUUCCCCCAGAUGAGGGCAGUGAGGGCCAAGCUCCACAGACGAACAAUCAGCCACAACUUGUGGCAAAUAGUUCACCUUCGUUGUCUCGUGAAGAAAACGAAACCUGUGAAGCGCCACCAGGUCCAGUGAACAAAGCAAUAUCGGUGAAAGUGGAAACUGCUUCAGCCAAGUCAGGGGACGACAGUGAUCCCGAUUACGUACCUGAUGAUGAUGACGAGGAGGAAUGUGACUUAUCCAAGUCUGAGACAGAGGGUUGUUAUUCGAACGAAUCCAGUCACGGCAGUCCUUUGCCCCCGUCGGCAAAACCUCGUCCCUCCAGGAAAAAAACGGCUAAACCGGAAGGUUCUUUGUGUAAGGACGAAAACUUCACACCUCCUCCAAAAAAGAUAUUUAUGAGUUCUCAAAAGAAGCGUUCAGAAACUCUGGUGUUACCGAUUACACAUUCGCAGAAACAUCGUGUCUAUGACAAGAGGAGUUACUGUUUUUUUUGCCAUAAACCAGUCAUCAAAAUGGCGCGGCAUCUUGAGACGGUCCACAGUGACAAAGCGGAGGUGGCGGCUGCGUUUCAGUAUCCCAAGCAUUCCAAAGAAAGACAAAAGAUAUGGAACAAACUGACAAAUCAAGGAAACUUUGCACACAACAAAGAUGUUUUGAGGUCGGGAAAGGGACAACUUGCCGUUCGCAAAAGACCAAAACGCAUCGGCAGAGCACAAGACUUCCUUCACUGUCUCUACUGUCAGGGUCUUUAUUUGAAGAAAGCUUUGUUCAGACACAUGAGAAGGUGCCCCGAGAAGGUGAAGUCCGAAAACGAAUCGAAGAUCGGGAGAAAGCGCAUCGCGUCGCGGUGUGCCCUCGAAGCGUUGGGAGACCUCGGAGUGAGCGACGCUUUUAGGAGCGUCAUGAACGAGAUGAUAUACGACGACGUGACGCAAACCAUCAUGGACGACAAGAUUAUCUUACAGUUCGGAGAGCAGAUGUUUAACCAGUUCGGCUCUGACGAGAAGAAUUACGGAUACAUACGGCAGAACCUUCGUCAGGUAGCGAGACUUGUGCUCAAGGCUCAAAAAACGACCCCCAUGCAGGAGUUGGAGGAUUUCUUUUACCCCUCAAACUUCACACAUGUGGUGUCGGCAGUGAAUGCCCUGGCAGGCUAUGACCCUGAAAAGAAGAAGUACGCCACUCCUUCUCUUGCCCUCAAGCUCGGUUACCACCUACAGAAGACGUGCAGUAUCGUUGAGGCUAACGCGGUGAAGCGCGGUGACGCGGAGCUGGCCGAGUCCGCGAGGUGUUUCCUCACCGAGUACCAGGAGAACUGGAACGAGCUCAUCUCUUCGGGGGCGUUGACGAGUCUCAAAGAAACCAAGCUGAACGCAGACAAGAAGGUGCCGUUCGGCCAAGACGUGAAGACCCUGCAUUUCCACCUGGAGAACUUUCACGUCGUGGCAGAAAAGAAACUCAGAGAAGAAACUUCUGCAGAAAACUACGCCGCUCUGGCCAGGGUCAUACUCUGCAGGGUGAUGAUGUUCAACAGGAGAAAGUGCAGAGAGGUGUCGUCGAUUAACGUACAAGCCUUCUUGUCUCGGAAGAAGACGGACGUUCACGACGACAUGGACAUCUCCGUGUCGGAUUUGGAGAAAACCAUGUGCAAGUUCUUCUGUAGAAUUGACAUUCGAGGGAAUUGUGGGCGAAUGGUCCCCGUUUUACUGAAGCCUUCGUUCGUGUCAGCCAUGGAGCUUCUCGUAAAGGUCCGCGAGGAAUGCGGCGUCCCCAGCACGAACCACUUCCUCUUCGCCCGACCGUGCACGAUGUCGGCCUACCGAGGGUCCGAGUGCAUCCAGAGGUUUGUCAAAGCGUGCGGCGCGAAAAACCCCGAAGCCCUGACGCUGAGAAAGAUCCAGAAGCAUUUCACGACGAUGCUGCAGCUGAUGAACCUGGAUGAAAACGAGGCCUACCACAUCUUAGGCCCCAACAACCAGGUCCAGGUCCUGAGACAGAACAUUGCCAUGACGCUCGACGACGUUGAGCUGCAGUCUGGAGCACAACAACAAGCUGCAUCGUGGCAUCACAGUGAAGUGGGCGGCGUUGGCUGUGGACCUGGAGAUCUGCACCAUCAACCAGCGUGUGGAGCUCCGACCAGCUCCAGCAUCAACACACCUGCAAAAACAGGGCCACAAGGCGCCACCUAUAAACCCAAACAGAAAUGGGACGAGGAAGAAGUUUGCGCCGUGGAAAGACACAUGAUGCGCUUCAUUCAAGGACACAGGGUUCCUCAGAAGAACGACUGCAUGCAGUGUCUCGAGGCCGAGCCCAAAGCGCUGAGGACCCGGACGUGGAAGGGCGUCAAGGACUACGUCAGAAACAGGAUCACGACCCUAAAGAGACAAACCGGCUCAUCGCUGAACGCAUCGAAAACCAGCGCCGGGCAAAUGGAAGCGCAGCAGCAGAGCACUGAGCGUUACCAGCAGCUGUAGACAAAAAGUCUGAUUCAUGCUACUCCCCCAUCGUCGGUUUACUCAUUUACCUCUAUCAGGACCUGUCUCUUCCAGCAUUUAUGAAGUUGGCCAAAAAUAAUUUGAUUAAUGUUUGUAUUCAUGAUUAACGGUUCGUAUGUAUGAGCACAGUAAGUCUCGCUGCGUUUUUUUUUUCCUUCUAUCAUGUUCGUUUGACAGAGACCGUUAAUAAAUGUUGUGUCAUUCAGAUUUAAAUGAUGUCGAAUGUUUACUUUUCCGAUGGAGGAUUUGUUCACCUACUGUGACCCACCCUAUUAGUUAUACAAUAUUUGGUUACUCUGUUUGGUAUAGUAGGACGUGGUUUAUCGUUUUUGAUAAUUUCACCAAGAAUAAAGUUCCCGGAAUAAAAAUUGUGUUUG